UAAAGUCUCUUUUUUUACACAAAACCAGUAAUCUGAGACAUAUUUCAGGGCUGGAUGAUCUAAAAAUAGGCAUUCUGUAAUGUUUUUCAGGUUGGCAACACCAGGCUGAAGUCUAAGACAUUACAGAGAAACAUUAUUGUGGCUGGUAGUUCUGGUAUCAAAGUAUUGGCUGGUGGGACUACAGAGGAAGAUCUGUCAUUAAGUGGCCUACAUUAUUUACUCAUCUUUGUACUGGCACUUAUUUGUGGAAUUUAUUGACACUGUCAAACAGCUGACAUUGUUGGACUGCUUCUCUAUAAAAUGAAACAAGUUUGAUUGACAGCUUCUGGACUCACAGUUUGCUUUGCAGUCGAUCCCUGUAUGUGGAUGUUACUGCAUUCCUACAGACACGUUUUCAUAUGGUCACAUAGAUAAUUUGAUCAUCUACAUCAACGUGGCAAAACUUGUUAGCAAGUUACUGCUAGUGUUGUAUGGCUUGAAAAAUAGCAUAAAGGUCAGCAUAAGGUUCUAACAUCUAGCAAAACAGUAAGUUGUGUGUAGCAGAAGGUCGUAAAAGCUAGCAAAAACAGCAAGUUGUGUCUCAAUAGGGAAUGAAUCAGGAUGGAAAAGUGACGUUUAAUUGCACAAAAUUGGAAUUUGAUGAUUUUUGAUACACACAUUGCCUUCCAAGAAACAAGUCAAUAUUGUGAUAUCAACAGAUGAAAGUUGAGAAAUGUCAGAAACUUGAGUGUAAUUUAAUAGCAAUCAAAUGUUCCUGAAAAUGAAUCAUCCUACAACAUUUUGAAAUUCAGGGAGUUUUUGUGUGGAAUUCAAUUGUUGGGAUUUGGAACAGAACAAUGGCAGCUCUAUAAUUUGAUAAAUGGAAGAAAUAGCUACAGAAUUUUGUGAGAUUUCUUUGAAUAAUGUUAAUUCUGCAUUUGAGAGAGAUCACGCAAGUCUGCGUAAAUCACAAUGUCUCCAGUUGUCACAAGUAAUUCAUUUCUACAGCAAAUAAUGAAAAUCUGAACUGAAAAAGAAUUAUUGGGAAGGGGGAAAGAUGUAUUUACAUUUCGAACAAAACAUUUCCUCACGUACUGAGUGUACAAUACAUUCUCUGUCAUGGAUGGGAAAGGUUCCAGACUCGUUGUUGCCGGGAGAUACAAGUGGUGGCUGGAAGUUGAACCGUAGUCAGUAUUACAGUGAGGGAUGGUUGGCAAGCGGCAACGCAAAGGGUAUUGUAGGUGCGACUUUUACAGCGAGUCACUGCAGAAAAUACGAUCCUCCAAACAGAUCCAAUUUUAAUCUUCGUGGCCAUCGAUCAGAGGUUGUUCUAGUGAGAUGGAAUGAACCAUAUCAGAAGUUAGCUACAUGUGAUGCUCAGGGAAUUAUUUUUGUUUGGAUCAAACAUGAAGGAAGAUGGUCUAUAGAGCUCAUCAAUGACAGAAACUCUCAGGUGACAGAUUUUGCUUGGUCCCAUGAUGGACGAAUGGCUUUGAUUUGUUACUGUGAUGGCUUUGUGUUGGUUGGUUCAGUGGCAGGUCAGAGAUACUGGUCCUCUAUGCUCAAUCUGGACAAUACCUCAAUUACCUGUGGUGUGUGGUCACCAGAUGACCAGAAGGUGAUGUUUGGGACUACAGAUGGACAGAUUAUAGUGAUGUCAUCACAGGGUGCCAUGGUUACACAGGUCACUGUGUUAGAAGGCAUGGAGAUAACUUCCAUUCUAUGGUCUUGUGAGAAAUUCAACAUGGAAGAAGAGGAGAGUAACCAUGACACUGCUCAGUGUGAACAAGGACAUGACAAUAGCGCAUCUACACCAGCAGACAAGAGUUAUACAUUAGCUGUCUGUUUCAAGUAUGGUGCCAUAUAUUUCAUGACGAACUAUGAUGAUGUCUGUCCAAAAAUUGUACAUAGCAUGCUAACUGGUUUACGUAUGGACUGGUCAAACUGUGGACAGUACCUGGCUGUGGGAGGUUUCACACGUCUACCAAAUCUGCUAUGUCAGAAUGAGAUCCAUUUUUACACAGCUGAUGGAGAACUAGUUCACUGGGUCUCUGUACCCACUCAGGGAAAACCUCUUACAGCAUUAUGUUGGGGACACAGUGACCGACGUUUAUUUGUGGCUGCAGGUCAUUGUUUACAUGUAGCCUGGAUUGUGAAACAUGUGCCAUCAUUACAAUACCUGUGUCAGCGAAGUGUCCAAUGUCUGGUACGCAGUGACUACAAUGUGGAGAAGUUGCCAUUACCUGUGAAGUUAUGCUCAAAUGUUCAAGCUCUCUUUACACCCACAAUCAAGAGCUAUAUUCCUGAUCCAUUUAAACUGCGAGCCUUUGUGAGUACCCCACCCCCAGGAUCGGAGAGAUUGUUUUGUACGAUGAUACAUCACGGAGAGGAGACAUCUGGUGGCCAUUAUACACUCUACCUGGAAUACCUUGGAGGCCUCAUUCCGUUACUGAAGGGGAAACGAGCCAGCAAACUGAGACCAGACUUUAUCAUCUUUGAUCCAAGGAUUAAAGCUACAAAAACUUUAAGAAAAGAAGGUGAACCUGAGCAGAUGUUUAAUUUUGAGGCAGAUAUACUGAGUGAUACAUCCUCCUCAGACAGUGACAUUGAGCUGGAUGGAUGUGGUGGAAGCCCGAGGGUGCCUCGCAGAAAGAGGCUCAAACAUUUCCGACCAGGGAAGGUUGAGAGAAGUACAACAUUCCGAACCCUGAACGAACUCUUCUAUAAUGAUAACUUACCUGAGAGCAGUAAACUGGUGGAGGUGAUGUCCAAUAUCUGGGGCACAAAGUUCCGUAUAGUUGGUACAGCAGCUCACCUGCCGGAGGAUCUUGGUAAUGUGUUGUACAAGACAAGUCUGUUACACCUUCAGCCAAGACAGAUGACAGUUACAGUCACUGAACUGCCACGUGACGAUUCUCUCCUAGCUCAGGAUCGUAACUUCACACCAGCAGGAGUUGGCGAUGACGACUCUGAUCAACUUUCUCUGUUAGAUGGUCUGCUGUCAGGUGUACAUAAUGAAUAUUAUAUGAAGAACAACAUUCCUACACACCUGGAUAAUCUGACCAAUCAGGACUCGGAGAUUAUCAGUGUGGAUGUAUUGACCAAUCAUGUUGAGUUGUCUGAGCCUGCAGACAGUACCUCAGACAAUGGGUCAACUGUCAACUGUUACCCUGACAGACAGAAAUCUGUGUGUAUGAAAACAAAACUUUCCCCAGCCUCAGAGACCCACCCUCAGAAUAAUCAUGCCUUUAACACGGGGGAGGAUCCUCUGAUUAUUAAUACAUGUAGUUAUGGUGGGGCACGCCCUAAAGUUCCACUCCAUUCUUCCUACACAACCAGUCAGUCGGUGACUGAAGAAUCUAUUGUUUUAGGUGUAACAGUGAACUCGAAUCAUCUUGGCAAUUCAAAACACUACACAACACAAGAUAAUGGUGCUAAGUCAGUGUCUAGUCACAGUGAAAAUAGUGCAAAAGGUCAAGUAUCAGAUCAUUCUGUGCAUGAAUCAAAUAGUGCAAUAGUUGGGGACUACUUUUUUGCCAAUGGGAAUGCGAGGGAUUCCCGUAAAAGCAGUUCUCAAUCUGAAUCACCGGAUAGUGUUCAUAAACAUGUUCCAAGUUUUGUUGAUCGGUUUAUACGAUCAGACAAAGUAGAUAAUGUUCCUCGCUGGGCCGACCCAGCGUGCCAGGGUAUAAAGUUUGCUGAUGAUGAUGAGCAGAGUGUGAAGGAUUUGGCGUUUGAAGGAAAUAUAGUGUUUGACAGCAGUCAGGUGCUCACCCCAACCUCCGACAGUCAGAAGAGGCUGUAUCUGGAAGGGUGUCCUGAACCUGAUGCUCCAGUGCCUGAUGAUGAUGAGGCAGAAAGUAAACAGGAGUCAUGUGACCAUAGGAAGCUAUCACAUGAUCUCAAAAUGACCAGUGAAGAAAGUGUAUUGACUUCCAUCGAUAAUGAAGUGAUAGGGUCUAUAAAUUUAGGGUACAUUAAUCCAGAAGACAAUCUGCACAGUGACAGGGAGGCACAAAUAAAUGGGAGAACUAUAACUCCAAAUGGAUUAGAAAAGGAAUAUACAAUGCUCAAUAAAAAACGAAAAUCAUCACUUCUCAGUGAUUUUGAACGUUUAGAUAUAACACAGACAUCGUCUUUGCCAUCCUCCCCGCUACACAGACUACAUAAACCUGACUCGCCAACAAAAAAAUUGAAAGAAGAAGUGAUGCGGGGAGGAAAAUGUAAGCAUCAUAGUCCAUUGUUCAAGCGUAAAUCAAAAUAUCCCCGGUCCAUGGAAACAUCAGACGAUGACUUCAGUUCCUCAUCGGAGGAUGUGCGCUUAUCGUACAACUACAAAAAUCUGGAGUCUUUCCAGAAAGCUCAGUUAAAACACAAGCUGAAGAAAGCCCUGAGUAAAGGGGAAGACAGUAAAAGUCGUUACCGACAGUUUGUUCUACACAACAAGGCUCCAUUAUGGAAUGAAAAUAGUCAAGUAUAUCAACUAGAUUUUGGUGGCAGAGUCACUCAGGAGUCCGCAAAAAACUUCCAAGUUGAACACAGAGGAAAACAGGUGAUGCAGUUUGGGCGUAUAGAUAGUAACGCUUACACCCUGGACUUCCAGUAUCCGUUCACCGCCAUACAGGCAUUUGCUGUUGCACUGGCAAAUGUAACACAACGAUUGAAAUAAACAUUGGGAUUGCACCCUUCAUCAUUUUAUGCUAGUCUGAUCAUUUUAUAUUUCUCAUAUGUCAGUGCAUUUACACAGUUACAGAUAUAUUCAGUUAAAUGAUAUUAGUGCAGUAACAUUCGGUUAAAUGCUUAAGGUUUAAGGCUCACAUAUUCUAGAUGGUAAAAAACAGAAUAUCAGGAAAAAUAAUCUAUGUAGAAAAUAACAGUUUUCCUUCUAUCAUAUCAGCAAAUAAUGUAUAUACAACAUUAUAGUAACUACAUUUUAUAGUUGCUUGAGUAAAAUAAACCAACUUUAGUAUUACACUACAGUAAAACACCAGUCGCUAAAAGCCAUAAGGGGAGAAGCAAAAUGCUUUUGUGAUCUGAGGCUUCAAGGUAUUUGAAGUUUUGAGUUAUCCAGGGUUUUGAGUCAUCCGGGGUUUUGAGUAUCCAGGGUUUCAAGUUACCUGGGGUUUUGAGUUAUCCUGGGUUUCAAGUUUUUGAGUUAUCCAAGGUUUCAAGUUAUCCAUGGUUUUGAGUUAUGGGUUUCAAGUUAUUUGGGGCUUUGAGUUAUCUGGGUUCAAGUUAUCCAGUGUUUAAAAUUACCUAGGGUUUCAAGUUAUUCAGGGUUUGAGUUAUCCAGGGUUUUGAGUUAUUCAAACAUAGAUAAUGUAAGAAAUACAGCUGGUGACCAUAUGAAAUGAUUGAGUCAGCCCUGGUACUUGUGUCGUUGAUGCUUGAGUCAGCAUCAGCCCAGGUACUUGUGUAGUUGAUGCUUGAGUCAGCAUCAGCCAAGGAACUUGUGUCGUUGAAGCUUGAGUCAGAAUCAGCCCUGGUACUUGUGUCAUUAAAGCUCGAGUCAGCAUCAGCCCUGGUACUUGUGUCGUUGAUGCUUGAGUCAGCAUCAGCCCAGGUACUUGUGUAGUUGAUGCCUGAGUCAGCAUCAGCCCUGGUACUUGUGUAGUUGAUGCUUGAGUCAGCAUCAGCCCAGGUACUUGUGUAGUUGAUGCUCGAGUCAGCAUCGGCCCAGGUACUUGUGUCGUUGUUGCUCGAGUCAGCAUCAGCCCUGGUACUUGUGUCGUUGAUGCUCGAGUCAGCUUCAGCCCUGGUACUUGUGUCGUUGAUGCUCGAGUCAGCAUCAGCCCAGGUACUUGUGUAGUUGAUGCUCGAGUCAGCAUCGGCCCAGGUACUUGUGUCGUUGUUGCUUGAGUCAGCAUCAGCCCUGGUACUUGUGUCGUUGUUGCUCGAGUCAGCUUCAGCCCUGGUACUUGUGUCGUUGUUGCUCGAGUCAGCAUCAGCCCUGGUACUUGUGUCGUUGUUGCUCGAGUCAGCUUCAGCCCUGGUACUUGUGUCGUUGAAGCUCGAGUCAGCAUCAGCCCUGGUACUUGUGUCGUUGAUGCUCGAGUCAGCAUCAGCCCAGGUACUUGUGUCGUUGUUGCUCGAGUCAGCAUCAGCCCAGGUAGCCCAGGUACUUGUGUCGUUGAUGCUAGAGUCAGCAUCAGCCCUGGUACUUGUGUUCUUGAAGCUUGAGUCAGCAUUAACCCUGGUACUUGAGCUGUUGAUGCUCAAGUUGGUCCUUGUUUUUGAGCCACUGAUGUUGGAGCGAGGGGUGUUUUACUGUAUUCUUCUUUGGCCUUAUUUAUUGUAUCAAUAUUGCAUGCCUAUGAUAAAUGAAAUGCGAGUGAAGCAUAAAUGUGAACUGGUAAUAUUACACCAUACAAAAGAUAUGUAUAUAUCAAGCACUGUACUGGGUGUAGCUCUGUGGAAUGUAGUGCUCUAUAAUGUUUGGUAACUCUGUGUAAUUUCCAUACUUCUUCACUCUUUCAAGUCAGAGUGAAAGCAUUGUCUGUCAGAUUUUGUGUAUGCUUUAUAUCUUCUGAAAACUUUGAAGAAAUUUCAUGAAACUUAGGUGGAAUGUUCAUCUUAGCAAGACUUAUAGAACCCAUCCUCCAUUUGCACCAACCCAGGUUUGCUUGUUUGUUUUGAAUCUAGGUUGAUCAUUUGAAAAAUGGCACCCUCCUCAAGAACACCAGUUUGGCUACAGUCUGGUGUCUUGCUUCAGUCUGGUGUCUGGUUAGAGCCUGGUGUCAGGCUACAGUCUGGUGUCUGGCUACAGCCUGGUAUCUGGUUACAGUCUGGUGUCUUGCUUCAGUCUGGUGUCUGGCUACAGCCUGGUAUCUGGUUACAGCCUGGUGUCAGGCUACAGUCUGGUAUCUGGCUUCAUCCUGGUGUUUGGCUACAGUCUGGUGUCGGGCUACAGGCUGGUAUCUGGCUUCAUCCUGGUGUUUGGCUUCAUCCUGGUGUUGGGCUACAGGCUGGUAUCUGGCUUCAUCCUGGUGUUUGGCUUCAUCCUGGUGUUUGCCUACAGCAUGGUGUCAGGCUACAGGCUGAUAUCUGGCUACAGCCUGGUGUUUGGCUACAGUCUGCUAUCAGGCCUUACUUGGGGCUUUUGAAUUGCAGUGCACUAGUAUUGUAGCAGAUCAUUAUUGAAAUUUCUUCAUAAAUCUCUCUUCUGUUAGAAAUUCUACACAUCUGAUCAGAUACUGUCCAAUUUAGAACUGAAG